UUGAUGUUUUGGAUCUAUAUAUAUAUUAUAUGGUCAUAAUUAAUAUUGUUUAUUGGGAUUAAUAUUGUUUAUUAUAUAGAAAAUUGAUAUCUGCUUUUAAAUACUGCUUGUUCGGUACGUACGGGAGGUUUAGAUUACAUUUUUCUUCAAUUUUCUUUUUUUCUUUCAUAAUAAACCCAGAGUUUUUCAUUACAAAUUAAGCAUGAAAAACAUUAGGUUAGGAAUUAAGACUUGUUUUAUGUACCUGGCUAGCUAGGUUAUUUAAGGUAAUUCUAUAUAAUAUUUUUUAUUAUCUUGAUUUUAACAUAUUAAAGCAUUUAAAAAUCAUUUAUUCUUGUACAAUGCUGAAACGGUGUUAGAAUGCAAAUUUUCUAACAUUAGAAGUUGCGAAGUUCUUGUUCAGAGAAAACAAGCCAUGAGAUUGUAUUUUCCUGAUAAAAUGGAAGCAAUUCAAGAUGAUCGAUGUUGUGAUUAUGGUAUAUAAAUUAUUUAUAUGUCAAUAUAUUUAAGUUUUAACCAAUUAAUUAUCUCCGAAAUCUGUCAUUAUUUUUAAUUUAAUAUUUUAGAUCAGAUGAGAUUGGAAAUAUAUAGCAAGUAGUUAAGGUGUUGUCAUUUUUCACGGGCACUAAAAUCAUGUUUAUUUGUUUUAAAUUUAAUCAUUUAAAUUAACUCACGGAGAAAUAUGAAUAUGAAGAACAAUAGAAAAGUAUAAUUCAACCAUGGAUUUAUGAUUAAUAAAUUGGAAAGAUUGAGAAUGCUAAAUUAAUUGGAUAGGUUAGAAACCCAUCAAAUGGCAUUUUUGUAUCUGUCUCUAAGCUUCUGUAGCUAAAAAUCCUUUUGAUAUUUUAGAUUUAAAUAUUAAAAAAAAAAGGAGGAUCACAAUCCUGUCUGGGUGGCCUAAUUGGUAUUUACGUGUCUUUUUCCAAGAGCUUCUCUCGAUCAAAUCUCUUCAUUAUACGUGCCGACCGUCAACAAAAUCCUUUGCCUAGAUGAUCUAUAUUUAUGUGUAUUAUGAUUUUCUCAUGAUUCUUAUACCUUUUCAAUCUCCGGAACACGACUGAUCUCUCUAUCGGAGAAUAGCCCGGCAACUGUUAUCCAACUUUUGAAAUUAAUGUUCUAGUUUUUUUUUCAUAUAUCUAGAUGAGAAUGGACUCUUGGCAGUGCAAGUGCUCCCUUAGUAGUAAUUUAAUCUGUGUUUCUCCUAGUAAUCAAUACAAAAACCACACACAAGCAUGGCCUUUCUUCAAUUACCUGGAUUCUGGCCUAACUAUCUCAUGCACCAAACAGUCGUGGCUAGAAAGUAAAGAAAUCACACGUAAUACACGCAAAAAUUGAAAAAAAAAAUUAACUUAUUUAUGUAUAUAUGUAUCAUAAGCUUUCAGGUCUACAUUCUCCACAGAGUGCAGGAGGCAAAAUUUGUUUCCUUUUUGGUAAAUGCAGAGAGUAAUGAGCAUUGCAGCAAAUUUGGCAUAAUUAUUGGAGGACAUUAAGUCCUAUAAUAAGGUGUCUGGUGCCGAGAGAGAGAGAGAGAGAGAGGCAAGAAUUGACCAUUUGUCAUCAUGGGUUCUGGCAAAAUUUUGUGCACGAUAUUGUCUUUGUUUUCACAAUUCAUGGCUGCAUUCUCUAAUUUGCAGCAGAAUGAGAAUCCAAGCAUGGGUUUUCAUGGAGGUGAGAAAGGAACUGGCAGCAGCUUGUUGUCCGAAGUGGUGCAGUUGCAUAUUCAAAAAGACUAUGUGGUUUUGGACAAUGGCAUACUCCAGGUCACACUAUCAAAUCCAGGAGGGCAUGUCACGGGAAUACAGUACAAUGGCCUCGAGAAUUUGCUCGAAACUGACAAUGGUGAAUCUGAUAGAGGGUACUGGGACGUUGUUUGGAGCGGGGAAGGAGUCACACGAAAAAAGGGUAAUUUGGACAGACUGGACGGAACCAAUUUAACUGUAGUAGUUGAAAGUGAAGAAAAAGUUGAGAUCUCCUUCACGAGGAUGUGGAAUUCCUCACUUCAGGCCAAGGUUGUCCCCUUGAACUUCGAUAAAAGAUACGUAAUGCUUCGUGGGUCAUCAGGAUUCUACACAUAUGCCAUUUAUGAACAUUUGAGGGGCUGGCCUGCUUUUGAUCUUGAUAAUACCAGGAUCGUGUUCAAGCUUACUAGGCAAAAGUUUCGCUAUAUGGCUAUAGCAGACAACAGACAACGUUAUAUGCCCCUGCCUGAAGACCGGUCACCAGAGAGAGGACAGACUCUAGCCUAUCCAGAGGCAGUAUUACUUGUCCACCCCGUAGAGCCUGAAUUUGAAGGAGAGGUGGAUGACAAAUACGCAUAUUCCUGCGAGAGCAAAGACAUUAGUGUUCACGGGUGGAUAUCGGCCGAUCCGCUUGUUGGUUUCUGGCAAAUAACACCGAGCCAUGAGUUCAGAACGGGUGGACCCCUCAAACAAUUCCUAACUUCCCAUGUGGGCCCCACUAAUCUUGGUGUAAUGCAUAGCACUCAUUAUGCGGGAGCGGACGUCACAAUAAAAAUCGGGCCUAACGAGCCAUGGAAGAAAGUGUACGGCCCAGUUUUUGCUUACGUCAAUUCUCUGUCGGAUGGAAGGGACCCACUCUCACUCUGGAAAGACGCUAAAAAACAGAUGAUGAAUGAAGUUCAUAAGUGGCCCUAUGACUUCAUAGCUUCAGAAGAUUUUCCACCGUCAAAACAACGCGGUAGUGUCGGUGGCAGAUUACUGGUCCUAGAGAGGUACGUUUCCAAUGCAACGAUAUCUGCAGAAGGUGCUUAUGUGGGGCUGGCAGCCCCGGGAGAAGCUGGCUCCUGGCAGCUAGAAUCCAAGGGCUACCAAUUUUGGACCAAAACAGAUGAAGGUGGAAAUUUCACAAUCAAUGGCAUACGGCCCGGUGACUACAAUCUUUAUGCAUGGGUCCCUGGUUUUAUUGGAGAUUACAAAUUUACUUCUGUCAUUAACAUAAACUCAGGUAGUAACAUUGAUAUCGGUGAUCUUGUAUAUGAGGCUCCAAGGAAUGGCUCCACAUUGUGGGAAAUAGGUUUCCCUGAUCGUUCUGCCGCAGAGUUUUACAUUCCUGAUGCAAACCCAAAAUAUAUCAACAAACUUUAUCUCAAACAGGAAAGGUAUAGACAGUAUGGAUUAUGGGAAAGAUAUGCAGAGUUAUAUCCCAAAGCAGAUUUGGUUUUCACAGUUGGCAAGAGUAACCAUACAACAGAUUGGUUUUUCGCUCAAGUUACAAGGAAGAAGGAUAAUACCACGUAUGAAGGCACUACAUGGCAAAUAAAGUUCUUGCUGGAUGAAGUGGAUGAGCGCGCAGCAUAUAAGCUACGCAUGGCGCUUGCAACAGCUAAUGUUGCCGAAUUGGAGGUUCGGGUGAAUGAGCCAAAUGCAAAUCCUGUAUUUUCAACCGGAGAGAUUGGCAAGGAUAACACGAUCGCAAGACAUGGGAUUCAUGGGCUUUACAGGCUAUUCAAUGUUGAUAUUCCCGGAGCCCAGCUUCUGAUAGGAAAUAAUACCAUUUUUCUGACACAAACAGCCAGUAUCAGCCCUUUCCAAGGAGUUAUGUACGAUUAUAUUCGCUUAGAAGGUCCACCACCACCACAUAAAGCCCUUUAGGAGAGAUGAUUUUUUUAGGGGAAAAGUUUAGGGAAAACAAUAGCUAGCUCUAUUUCUUCAAACGAUUAUUGGCGGAAAUCAUAAUACAGGCGUACACCUUUUUCAGUUUUCUAA